CCCAGCAUGCCAGGGAGUGGCUGGGACAGUCUGGCUGUUUUCUGUAGGACCGGGGUUGGGCAGAGGGCUGCAGUGGACAGCAGUAAGGAGUCACUGACCUGCACACACAUUAAAGGAGGUUUAAGGCUGGAGUUAUGAGAGUGGGAGCUGCAGCGUUGGCUGGGGGGAUAUUUGGGGUGAUAGGGACCCUGUGCUUCCUGCUGGCCUUUGGUACAGACUACUGGUUAGUAGCCAACGACAACUGUGGACCGUAUACAUGGCCGACACAAACAACACCGGCAGGGGAUAAAGAUGCCAAUGGGACUGAGAUCCAGUUAGUGGAGGCAGUCACUGUUUCGCCGCCAUCCCUCACGCUGCACCACGAGGGAUUUUUCUGGCGCUGUGUGUUUCAGGUGGAGCCCACAGCACAUGCAGUCCUGGCCACUCUCUUCACAAACCAGCCAGAGUCCAAGGUGUGUAUCCAUGGUUACCUCUUCCCGCUGCCUGUUGCACUUGGACAAGUUCCUCAUCCAAAUUAUGAUGCUACUGCAGUGUUUCGGGGUUUCUGGACCGUGCUGAUAAUCCUCGGCCUGGUCUCAGCUCUGACUGGAGGCUUCCUCUUGGUCUGCGGUGUCCCAUUCAUCAGUCACAAACUGUACAAGCUGGGCGGGGCCUUCCUCAUCGCUGCUGCCUGUUUGUUCCUCUUCAUGAUCCUGCUCUACGUUCUGUGGAUGGAGGUGGUGGAUGUGAAGCGCUACAUCCUGCAGGAGAGAGGGGAAGCGUGUCCGAAUGCACAGGUUUCGGUGCUGUACGGCCUGUCGUUCAUGGUGGCGGCGGCCGGAGUGCCUCUGGAGCUCAUCUCUGGUCUGGUCUUCAUGCUGGUGGGCCGAGCGCUGCGAGCCAGCAAGUGAACCAGCCAUCUGUCCAGUAGGAGAGGAGAGGACUGACCUUUUUAUGUCCUGCACUGGGACUCAGCAGCACACUUGUGGGAUGUAAAUACCGGCUGGAGAGACAAUAUUACAGCAUUUUCUAUCACUUACUUUGCUUAAUUCCCAUUAAAAAAAAACCCUAUUUACUCAUAUAUCAUCACAAAAAGUCAUGGCCGUUCUUAUUGAUGCUGCAAAUGAUGAGUCCAUAGUGAACCAGCUGUGUCUCCUGUCCUGGUUUUGGCACAAGAUCAAAGUGUGUUGAGGUGGGAGGCAGGAAUGGCUGGAUGGACUGGAGACAGAAAUGAAGGCUUGGAUGGAGGAUGGGGGUGGAUGUAAGGGAGAGAAUUGAUGCGUGUGGAGGGGGCACAAGGGGGCUUUGAGAAAUGAACAGCUGUUUGUGGGUUUGGGUGGCGUACAGCAGGCCAGCCACCUGCCUCCUUCACCCCCAGUCACAUUUCACUCCCUCAUUCAAUCUCCAGUGCUUCAUUUGUUUGUCCUUCUUCUGUCUGUGUUCUUUAUUUCACCUUAAAGAAACUUUAAAUUCAAAGAUUGACAGAAAUCUUUGCAACUUAAGAUAAAGACACACAUAAACACACUAAAUCACCUACACUCUUUUAUGGAAAUCCUUCAUUUUUCUUUGUGCUAUCACAAAAAAGGGGGAAAUGCAGACUUGUGAUUGUAUCAGAACUGCGACAAUAUUAGAUCAGCCCCCUUUUUUUGUCAGCGCUCUGAACGGGUGGAAACAAGCGGGUGGACUCUCAAUCGCACAUAUCCGCUUUCAUCUGAGUGGUGGAGGGGGGUAUGUUCGCUUCAAAGAACCCACCGAUUGAAGACACACGUCUGUGCACACACACACGCACAUGCUGUGAUCAAGAAAAUGCUGAUUUUUGAAAUAUACUGUGUUUUUAUGGCACAUAUUGCUCAGUAUAAAACUUUCAUAUAGAACCACGGUCAUCAAAUGCUGGAGUUCAUCUGGGCUGCUUGUGAUUCUGAGGAUUCUGUCUAAUUUUGUGGUGUUUCACAUGAUUAUUUUUGUGUAUUUCAUGUAUAUUUGUUAUAAAGUAUAUUGUGUGUCAUUGCCCGCACCAGCAUUCGUCGCUGGUAAUUCAUGUUUAAAUUUAAAUAAACCUUAAAAGAUUGUGA